CCUCUCCGGAAGCCAGCCCGGUGGUCCCCGAAGCCGACUCAUAAAUCAUUUAUGAGCCAGGGCGGGGUGAGCCGGGUUGGGGCGUAGGGGGGGCGAGGAGAGAGCUGGGGGCGGGUGGGCGGCGGCGGCGGCCGCUAGACCUGAAGGAGAGCUGGACCCAGCGCGCGGGAUGCUGCUUUGAUGGACUGAGUCCCCCUCCCCUGCCUGCCAGAGAACGUUCUCUGCUGCCCCUUGCUGCCUGCCAGCCCGGCCUGGAAACUGAGGACACCGCAGGCUCAACCCUCACGACACUUCUGCACAGGAACGCGCUCCCGCCAUCCCCCAGGCUUCCAGAACACCCUGACCCAGGCGGCCUGCAGCACCACCUCAUGUUCAGGGCAUCUUGCUAGCCAUGGCCCUCCUCCUUGGCUUCCUCCUGCUGCUGGGACUCUGUGAGGACACCAUGUCAGAGGAGCCGUCGUCAUCCCAGUACCAUCCUGGUGGUUUGGAAUUCCAGUUGCCUCCAACCUCCUAUCAGACCAGCGACUCUUAUGAUCCUGGUCCCGCUGGCCUCUUCUUUCAUAUCGUGCGCCUCUUUGUCCAAAUUGUGCAGCCCAAUGCUUUCCCUGAAGAUAUUUUAAGAAAGAUUAUACAGAAGAAGUUUGACCUCUCAAAGGAGUAUGAUAAGAUCAUCUACUAUGAGAUCGGGAUCAUUAUCUGCGCUGCCCUGGGAUUGCUGUUUGUCACUCUGAUGCCUCUAGUGGGCUUUUUCUUCUGUCUGUGUCGUUGCUGUAACAAAUGUGGUGGAGAAAUGCACCAGCGACAGAAGAGAAGUGGUCCCUUCCUCAAGAAAUGCUAUUCAGUCUCCCUCCUGGUGAUCUGUGUGUUCAUAAGCAUCGGGAUCAUCUACGGUUUUGCGGCAAAUCAGUACAUGAGGACUCGCGUGGAAGAGACUCGGAAAUUGUCAGACAGUAACUUCAACGACCUGAGAACUCUCCUCAAUGUGGUGCCAGGGCAAAUCGACUAUAUACUGGACCAGUUUACCCACCCUAAGGAGAAAGCAUUUGAGGAUUUGGAUAAUAUUAACUCGUUGGUGGGAGACAGCAUUUACGAGCGUCUCAAACCCAAAGUGCUCCCUGUGCUGAAGGACAUCAAGGAUUUGGCAAAAGACAUGAAAACUAACAGAGAUACCCUGGUCCAAGUGAACUCUGUCUUAACGGACAUGAAGCAUUCAUCUGCGUAUCUUCGCACCAGCCUGAGAGAUGUGAAAACAAGCAUGGAGCAAACGCUCACGGAUCCCCAGUGCUCCUUACCUGCAGUGGCGCCCACGUGCAACAGCAUCAAGAAGUCUCUGAGCGUCCUGGAUGGCAGUGCCAAUUUUGAUCACCUCCCGUCUUUGGAUGGACACAUUACUCAGCUUGAUGGACUUCUUCAAACAGAUUUGUCCAGCCUGGUCCAAAAGGCCAAUGAAUCUCUUUCUAACAUACCUGAGGAAGUGCAAAAUCAAACCAGGGACUUCAUAACAGAGUUUAAAAAGACCUUGAAUUCCAUUCAAUCUGAUGUCAAGAAUAUAAGCACAAAGAUUCCUAUUCAGAAGACACUGUCGAGUUUCGUCCGUUACAUUAAUAACUCUGAAGAUUAUAUCCUCCACUAUUUACCCACUAUGGAAGAAUGCGAUUCAUACAGGUGGCUGGUUUGCUUGGUCGUCGUCUGCUUGCUGACCCUCAUCUUGACUUUUUAUCUCCUGGGCUUGCUGUGUGGCACGUUGGGCUAUGACCAGAAUGCCACCCCAACCAGACGAGGCUGCGUCUCGAACACCGGGGGCCUCCUUCUCAUGGUUGGGGUUGGAUUCAGUUUCUUCUUUUCUUGGAUAGUCAUGACCAUUGUGGUGCUGACUUUUGUCGCUGGUGGAAAUAUGGAAACACUGGUCUGUGAGCCUUACAGAAACAAAAAGUUAUUCCAGGUUUUGGACACUCCAUAUUUACUAAAUGAGGAUUGGAAAUACUACCUCUCUGGCCUAGUACUUAACAAACCGGAUGUUAAUCUCACUUUUGAACAAGUUUACAGUGACUGCAAAGAAAAUAAAGGCCUUUAUGCCGCACUUAAGCUCGACCACAUCUACAAUGUCAGUGAACAGCUCAACAUUACAAAGCAUACUGGAGACAUAAAUAGUACUUUGGAAAAUAUGAAUAUAAGAAUUGAGGAUAUAGAACUGCUGGAUAAAACAGGAAUGAAAACCCUCAUGGAUCUCAGAUCUUCUGGAAUAGAUGAUAUAGACUAUGCUGCCUACUUGAACGCGACGGAAAGAAGUCCCACGAGAGUAAAUCUUAUCUCAUUUGCAAAUGACACCCGAAGAAAAGCCAACCAGCUGCCCUCAGGACGCUUGAAAACCAGCCUGAAAAGUCACGUAGAUACCUUAAUAAAUAUCCAUCAGAACCAAGUCGUUCCUUUGCAGAAUUCAAUGAGCACCAUGAACAAACAAAUGAAGAGGCUUCAUUACAGGACCAGUGGGCUGAAGGUCAGAGUGUCCACCACCAUUUUCUUUUUGAAUUCUACCCAGGACUUUCUCACCAGCCAGCUGUCCGAAAUUGUUGUUGAAGAAAGUAAGCAGUUCGGGAGUAAGAUAAUAAGCUACUUUGAAUGGUAUCUGCAGUGGGUCGAGAUGACCAUCACCCAGCAGUUUGCAGCCUGCAAACCGGCGGCCACUGCGGUGGAUUCGGCUGUUAACGUCUUUCUGUGCAGCUACAUCGUCGACCCCCUGAAUCUGUUUUGGUUUGGCAUGGGAAAAGCGACCAUGCUUUUACUUCCUGCUGUCAUUUUCGCCGUGAAGCUGGCUAAGUACUUCCGUCGAAUGUAUUCUGAAGAUGUGUAUGAGGAUGACCCCGUGAACAAGGUUCAAAGUAAACCCAGGGUUCAAACUGUACCCAGGGUUCAAACUGUACCCAUGAAAAAGGCGCUGUAACACAUCACACAAACCGGUUGACUUAGAGCAACGUCUUCUCCACUUUAGCGGAGGCCCGAAGUCUGAAACCCACACAUCAGCAGAGCUGGCCCUCCCAGGAAGCCCGAGGAAGAGUGUGUCCGGCCUCUGUCUUCUCCUGGAGCUUUCCUUGGUGUGUCUGGGGUCCAGUGUCUCUCACCUCCUGAAGACAGUGGUCAUCGGAUCAGGGCCCUUCCUAGGCAAGAACGACUUCAUCUUUGUUUGCCCACAUCUGCAAACAACCUAUUUUCAAGCAUUCACUGAGACCAGUGGACAUAAGUUGUGGGGUGUAGGGGAGGACUUCCCUGGUGACUCAUUUGUAAGGGAUCCAUCUGCCAAUGCCAGAGACCCAGGUGGGAUCCCUGGUCUGGGUAGAUUCCCCGCCGUGCCAUUGAGCAGCUAAGCCCAUGAGUAACUACUGCUGAGCCUGCACUCUCGAGCCUGGGAGCUGCAACUCCUGAGUCCGUGUGCCGAAACUACUGAAGUCCGUUCCCUCUGGAGCCCGUGCUCUUCAGCGAGAGACGCCGCUGCAGUGGGCGACCGGGGCACCACACCUAGAGAGCAGCCCCCGCUCGCCCCGGCUAGAGAGAAGCCCAGGCAGCGGUCAAGACCCAGCACGGCCGAAAAAAUGAGUCAAUAAAGUUAAAUUUUUAAAAGGGGGUGGGGAGAGGAUAUUAUUCAAUUUGCAUAGUUGCCCAACAUCAGUAGCAAACAGCCAAAGAGAGAAAUGAACACAAAAGAGAGCUGCACCAGACACACAAAAAUUAAGGUAAAUUACCAAAAUCGAGACGGCAGAAAAUAAAAAACGUUCUUAGACAUGUACCAAACAGGAGCUCCUUCCUGUCUUAGUUUCAUUUUAAAGUUUGUGACUAAGAGCACGUGACUGGCCCACUGCAUGUGUCAGUCAGUUGCUUCUGCAUCUGACCCAGUGACCCCCAGCCCCCUCUGACCGGCUGGGUUCCUCCCAGGAGAGAGCUUUUUAAAACUACUGGUCCUUGGGUCCUCCCCCAAGAGAUGCUGACGGAUGAGGCUUGAGCAUGUGGAUUUAAAAUUUUUGCCUGGUGAUUCUGAUGUAAAGCCAAGGUUGAGAUAUACGGCCUCUGAUUAAUUGAAUCAGAAUUUCUGAGAUGUAUCCCAGGGAAUUCUCAAGUGUAACCUGGGUUGAGAGUUACUCAUACAGUUUCUACAUGCAUUUCAUCUGAUUUAUGUAUGUGUGCGUGUGCAUGCUCAGUCAUGUCUGACUCUGUGACCCCAUGAACUGUUGCCCUGAAGGCUCUUCUGUCCAUGAGACUUUCGAGGCAAGAGUACUGGCGUGGAUUGCCUUUUCCAAGGGAUCUUCCUGACCCAGGGGUUGAACCCACAUGUCUUGCAUCUGCUGCCUUGGCAGGUGGAUUCUUUGGCACCAGUGCCACCUAGGAAGCCCAAUAUAUACACACACACACACACACACUCAUCAAAUGGGUCAUCUUGAUUUCCACCUCUGACACUGAGCUUCUUGGAGGCUGGAGCUAGCAGACUAUAUAUAUAUGCAUUGACCAUUUUGCCAUCCCAAGCACUGUACAAGACCCUGGGUGGGGUACGGGUGAGCUAACGGACUAGGUCCAGCCUCCUGGGAGCUCUGUCUCUGGUGUAAACCAAGAUAACCCACUUGAUGAGUAUAUGAGACACAGAAGGAUGGGGGAUGGGAGUUGAGGGUGGUGGGAAUCAGGGGAGGUUUCUUGCAGUUGAAUUUCUAAAAAUAUAUGUAUAUUAAAAAUCUAUGCCACACUUAGCAAGUCUGUUUCCUGUGAAGGCUCUGGGCCUUUCACUUGUCCCCUCCAUAAUCCUCACUGCGUCCCCAUGAGGUCAGCAGUUUUAGUUCCAGUUAUAAACUCAGUGGCCUGAAGCUUACAGAACGAUGGUCCAGUAUGGCCCAGCCCACAGGAUCCAGGUCUCCCAGAUUCUGCAGCUCCUGGCUCUCAGCACAGGCGAACUUACAGAGAACAAACCUGACUGCUCGCGGAACGCAUUCCUUCAGCUCUGAUCUUCCUGCUCCGUUGCCUCCGCUUUGUCAUGCUGACUCCGCUCGUUUUGUAAAAGAAUGUUGCUCCAGCCUGAAACACCCAAGACAGCCCAUUCUCAAGGCUCUGACCUUUAGAGGUGUACCCUCUGCCAUUCAUAUAGUGAAAAACAGGAUAGCUAUUUUUCUUGCUGGGAGGUUUAUAGGAACACUGACCAAACCUACAUGGACUGCUGCAAGAACAAAGGAUCCCAGCACCUUUGGCAUUGUGGUAUGGCAGAAACCAACACCACGUUGUAAAAAAAAAUUUUUAAUAUUUAAAUAAAAAUAAUUUUUUAAAGAAGUGGAAAAGCAAAUGGCUGCAGAAACCAGCCACACCCACUCCCCUUUUAGUAUAAAAGGAGCCUGAAUUAUAACUCAGUUAAUUGUUUGGGACAAGAGUCCACUAUCUUCUCUGUCUAAGGGAUUUCCAAAUAAAGUUGUUUUUCCUUA